AAGCGGGCAACAAUUUUUCACUUGUUUCCCUGGCGGGAAACAUUGCAUUUAUUAAAAGUCAUGUGACUACGAAUAAACCAAUCACAUGUAAAAUACACAGAACCUAUUUAACAAAGGGUGUUUGGUGUUAUAUGGUGUUAUAUGAGUUAGGCGAUUAGUUGAUUUUUAACAUGACGUAUUUGCGCGGUUGCUAUGGAAAUUACAAUAUGGCUGCCGGACGCCGGUCGAAGGGGAGUGAAUUGUGUGUGUUCUUUCGAAUUACUGCAAAAUUUCUGUAGAAUUACUAUUUUAAUUCAGUUAAAAAGAUACGUUAUUAGUUGUUAUUAAUAGAGGUUUCGGCCUGUAGUGUUUUUGAUUGAUUUGGUUAAGAAAAUCGUGGCGAUCACAUGUGAUUGUAUUUUUCUUCCUCCUGGGCCAUGUUUUACGGAUAGUGUAAUAAUAUCCUUUCAGUUUUUGUGCUUUGAACAAGCAGCUAGUAGGAAAUUUCUAGCGUUGGCAUUUUCUAGCGUUAGCUACUCAAAAUGCUUGUUUGCAAAAGGCAAGAACUUCAGCUGGAAGUUUUUGUUCAAUCGUUUGAAAGUUUAACACGAACAUAUUGCUGUUCAAUUUAUGUUCCAUUACAAGUUAUUUUGCUUUAUCUGGCAAGAGUUUAUAAGUAGUCUUUUUAAUAUAUAUUUAUUACGGUGUAUAUUGGUUGGAAAAUUACUCCUCUUUUAGCAAUCUUCACCACUGGUGGCUGGGGAGACAGUGAAAGUGAAGAAUAUAGUGAUAUGUUUCAGUAUGGUGCAUUGUGUGGGGAUUAUGUAUUUGUGCAAGAACUUGCAAAAUUUCUCUCCAAAAGAUAUCAUGAUCCUGUGGAUAGUCAUGAUAUAGUCUGUACAAGUGGUGCAACAAAUGGGCUCGUGAUGAUAACUCUAACAAUGUUUCAACCUGGAGAUUAUAUUUUUGUUGAAGAUCCAACAUAUUUUAUUGCUAUACAGCUGUUUCGUCAAGAUCUUGGCUUGAAUAUUCUUGCUGUUCCAACAGAUGAUGAUGGGGUGAAAAUAGAUGUUCUGGAACAGUUAAUUUUAAAGCACAUGGAUAAACUUGGGGAAACCAGCGAGGCACGACCAUAUCGUGCAAUGUUUUAUACUGCCCCUGUUUGCAAUAACCCAACAUCAGUGAAUUUGCCACAAGAACGAUGCUCUGCAUUGAUCAAAGUGCUAAGAAAAUACAACAUUCUAGCUGUGUGUGAUGAUGUUUACAAUAUAAUAAAUUUUGAAUCAAAGCCGCCACCCCGUCGACUGUUUAAUUAUGAUAAAAAAUCAGACAGUGAUUACAAGGGUCACGUGGUAUCAAAUGGAUCAUUUAGUAAAAUAGUCGCUCCUGGAAUGAGAUUAGGUUGGCUCGAGGCUCCUAAAAUUAUCCGGGACAAAGUUAUCUUCAGUGCAACCCUGUCCAGCGGAGGUGGCCUGAAUCAAUACACAUCGGCUAUUAUGGGUACAGCUCUGAAGAACGAAAUUCUAUCGUCGUAUUUCACGGACAUGAUAUCAGAUUUGAAAAGAAAGAUGGAGUUGAUGUGUGAAGCUCUUGAUAAAUAUGCAAAGCAGUAUGUGAAAUACAGAAAACCCACGGGAGGAUAUUUUGUUUGGGCUGAACUGCCCUCCAACUGCGACGCUGAAGCUUUCGCGAAAUAUUGUGAAGAGAAGCACAAAGUAGAUAUGCUUCCAGGACCAAACUGCUCACCCUGUGGCAAUUUCAAAAACUUUGUCCGAUUAUGCUUUGCCUUCCCGACCGAAGAAGAAAUAGAGAAAGGUGUCCGAGAAAUAGGAACAGCACUCACUGAGUAUUGUAGUUAAUGAAAUCAAAUGACUUCGAAAUAAAGUUUCACCAAUAAUUCUUUGUUAUGAAUGUAAGUAUACUUUAAAAGUCUGCAUUAUUUUUUGAAUCAAUGCACAAUUUUAUGUCUAAUUUUGCAAUUAAAAUGUUUUCACAAUA